GAAGUGGCAAAACCGAAAAAUUGCAAUAGAAAUAAUUACAUCAUACAUAAAUGUCUAGUGCUGUGUUUUAAAAAAUCUACAAAAAUUUAAAUUUAUACAAUUAACUUAGUGAUAUUUAAAGUAUUAAUUUAUUGAAAAUUAAGUCGAUCGAAACAAGAAUUCAAUUAUUACGGAAAGUUAUAUGGAAAUAAAUCAAUAAAAUCAUCAAUUAAUUCAUUAACGCCGAUUUUAAUGAAGUAUAAACCAUAAGGAAAACCAAAUAUUUUUUAUUAAUACCAACAACAAGUGAUUAUUUUGUAAUAAAUAAUAUACCUUUUAUAAACGACCCUACAUUGACUCUUUACAAUAAUUACAACAAGAAAGGAAUAUUAUCAAUAUUCUAGACCAAAUUAUAACAUUUACAGCAAAGCGGCCGAAAGCGCUCUUUUUAACUUUUGGCGCCUUUCGUUUUGUGAGCUAUUCGCAUCAUCUCAAGUAGAAAGCACAACAAUCGGCCAAUCAAUCAAAUUGUUCAAAUUCAAAAUUGUAAAAACUUAAUUUUGAUGAAAUAGGAAUCACAAUUUUUCUUUAGAAAUAAUAAUGGCAGAACGUUACUACAGCAACAUACAUCCUGAUGAAUCCUCUAAGGUGUAUAUGAACUACAAUGUAAUGCAGGCGCCGGCGCCUGCUCCUGCACCACACAUCAAUAGUUUGGCCGGCAUGACAACUCAGAUGAACAAUGAUUACGACUAUCUGACAAAUACGGCUGCAUUUUAUACCACAGUGGCUACAUCCAACUCCGGUGGUAUGGCGGUCGUCGACAUGAAUAACAAUCGUUCAACCAGCCGUUAUUACAACAUUGGAAGCAAUAAUGGUAAGCAAAACAUCGUAUGUGGAGUUGGCAGUGGAAACAGCCAAUCCGGACACAUUUACACGAACAAAGUCCUACCGUCAUCUCUGAUGACCAAAUACACAUCUGCUGGCAGUUAUAUGCAUGGCGGUGGUGGGGGUACAAUGAUGUCUACUCAUGUUCCCUCGAAUGACACAAACUCACAUCACUUUCAAUCGACCCUGCCGCAGGGACAAUAUGGCAAUCACAACAACAUCAAUAGCUACGGUGGUUACCAGAGAAAUCGUUAUAUGCCCUAUAAUCGUUCCACCACGCCCAGCACCUUACACCACAAUGCAAUGCAUUCAACGACAGCUAUUACAACCUGUGGUCCGCUCACAUCAGCUUCGGCUAUUUCAAAUGCCGGCUAUCAUCAAUUUGCAGCUCCAGUGUAUCAGACAACAUGUACUCCGGGCGGCAUAAUGCAGACCUUUGCAUCGGCUGCACCACUGACUGCGGUGUCUGUACAGCAACAGCAACAACAUACAUCUCUGCAUCCACACCCAAUGACAUCGACAAUUUGCAAUCCUGGGGGUCAAGAAUUUACAUUUGCUCAUGCUGUGUCAGCUUCCCUAACACCAUCCACUACAGUAACAGCAACAGUAUCCAAUAAUGGGGAUAGUAAGAAUUCUAUGUCUCUUGCUACAGCCACCGCAACUUCAAGUGGUGGAACCACUACUUCCGGUAACACUGUUAUGGUCUCUACGCCAUACAGCUCGGGACAAUCAUUUUCUACUGUCAGCGACCCAAAUGAUACUGUCACUUUGCAAAUUACAAACUUGGACUAUUCCAUGGAUGAGGUUAGUCUAAGAAAUUUCCUAUUGAAUCAGUUAAAACCGAUAACACCGGUGGUAUCGCUGACAUUCGAAGGUAGUUCGUACGCCAAGGUCACCGUUCCAGAUCUAUAUUUUGCCAAACAGGUUGUCUCCAAUUUACAUCGUAAAAAAAUUGGCCACAAGCGAAUGUUGGUGUCUUACACCAGGGAUUCCUCGUUAACUGAAAUCAAUACGCUGAGAUGUCAAGUAGCUGGUCUACUUAAGGAUGUUCCUUGCUACACUUUACCCAUGUAUAAGUUCCGCGAACUGUUCCAGUCACGAUUCAAAACAUCUAUAAGUGUUUUGGAUCUAUAUAAAAUGCAAGACAUCUGUAUCAUUAACUCCGACAACAAUGAGGAAAAAUUCAUUAGUCUACACCCUGAUCUAGUCAAUUCCCUGGAAAGUUCUCCCCUCAUGGAGGGUUUACAGCACAGUGUGCCCUAUUGUACAAUACACUUCAAGAGAGAGCAACAUAAGGGCUGGGCCGAACAAGAAAUCGAACCUUUGCCCAAUGUCUUCAUGACCAUUUCUGAAAUUCAGCAGAUUAUUCAUCCACUUUUGAAAAAUCACACUGGCGAUAUACCCGUCGCCUCCUUGGUGCAUUGCAUAGAGGGGCAAUUGAAAAUUCAAAUCACGCCCAACGAUAACGGCGUGAACUUGGAACAUUUGGUGUGCUGUGUUCAAGGCAUACAAAUAACGGUGAAUAAUUUCGGUAUAAAAAUCCUAGGGUGGCUCGAACUGAACAAAGAUAACAAUGGCCAGGCUUUGAAUUCGAAUAGCGAAAGAUCAAAUUUGUAUUCGAAGAACUCAAUAUCCGAUCCGUUAUAUCAAAUUUCCCGCGAAGUAAUAGAGCUGGUUAAAAUGUCACCCAAGGCUACCAUGAAAUUCAACCGCUUCAUACCGGCCUAUCAUAAUCAUUUUGGCAAACAAUGUCGUGUGGCGGAUUAUGGCUACACCAAAUUGAUUGAGCUUUUCGAGGCUUUGUCUUCGGUGGUGCAAAUAAUGGGCGAUGGGGAGAAUCGACAAAUUACACUGACACAUCGUACUCAAAUACGUCGCUUCACGUCCGACCUGCUAAGGGUUUUGAGAGCCCAUGGCAACAAGUCGGUUUUGCUGUCCCAAUUGCCCAACAUAUUUGCCCAAACCCAAAAUCGAACAUUCGAUGUCACCGACUAUGGAGUCUGUGACAUAGUCGACAUCUUAGAUGGUUUGGUGAACUCGAAUAUUGUGGUAGUAUCCACGGUGCAGAAUGGUAAAGAUAUAUUAAUAUCCAUACCGAAACGUAAACAAACAACAAAUGAGCUGGAGAAGACCUGUAUUUUUGCCGGCGAAAUUGUGGAACUCUUCAGUAAUGCUCCCCAGUAUACGAUACUAUUCCAAAAAUUUGUUCGUUCCUACCACUACCAUUUCGGCUACCAAUGUCGAUUGAGUGAUUACGGAUUUCAAAAAUUAGCCGACCUCAUGGAGGCCGUGCAUGGAGUUGUCGAAAUGGAGCUGACCAACGACGAGGAUAAGAAAAUUUAUCUCACUUCAAAGGUUGCUCGUAGAAUAUUUGCAGAACAAUGUGAAGAACUUAUAACUGCAACUACAGGCUCUGGUAAAACAUGCAUGAAAUGGGAAGAUGUUGUUAAGCUCCACAAGAAAAAAUAUGGUUAUCAAAUACAAGCCCAAACGUUGGGAGUCAAAGAUAUGAAACAGGCUUUGGAUUUGUUGCCAUACGUGGAGACGUUCGAAAAGGAGGACUCCACUUGGAUGAUGUGCCACAAAGGCGAUAAUGUUUUUCGUACACUCUGCUACAGAGCCAGUAAAUACUUGCUGUCACAUGAAGCCGAAAUGAUUGAGCAAAAAGAUUCAAAAGAUCAUGAAAUCUUCAAGAAUCUUUUAACAUUGAAUGAUUUUAUAAAGAAUUUCAAUGAAAAGUAUAAAGAAACGAUCACAGAGGCUACCGUCAAGGCCAUGAAGCAUGCCAUCGAGAUUGUGGUCGAGAAUGGUGGUACAUUUGUAAGAAUCUCCGGUCUGAUGCAUUUCCUUAUGAACAUAAUACGUCUGCUGGAACAGCGUGCUCCCAUGUUGUUGCUGGAAAUAAAAAAUGCCUUGGAUUGUACAAUAAGUACCACCUUCGAAUUUGGAUACCCCAAUUUAUACACGGUCAUAUCAACACAUUCGGAUAUAUUUUAUAUAAAUUUAGGAGUUACUCUGGAACGAUCCGAAGUGGGUCUUGUGGGCAACACUGAAUUGCGUCUAACCUCCUAUGCUAAUCACAAGCAUCUAUUUGGUUCCUUGAAGUUGCCCUAUAGUAAACAGAAAACUUUACGUGCAUCGACAAGACCACCAUUGGGCGAAAACAAUGGUCGGUGCAAUACAUCUAACCCCAAUCAAGAACCACCGGCCAAAACUCGAGCCAUGUCCUCGGAUAGCAGCUAUAAUUCAUCUUCCAAUUAUCGUUCACACAACCCCGCCUCAUAUUAUCAGCAAACCUCAAAGGCAUCUACAACAUCAGCCUCCUAUUGCCCAAAAACGUAUUCGACUGGAGGGAAUUCAUUUAACAAUAUCAGCAGUAGUUCCUCUAUUUACUCCACUGCUUCGCAGAAUUCCCACAUAAUGAAUACUUCGGUCUCCAAUAUGUCGAGUAACAAAGAGAAUUCUUUUAACUCAUCAUUUAUGUUCAACAAUUCCUUCAAUACAUCCUCAAAUACAUCUGGAUCAUAUUGUGAACUCAAUGCUAGCAUGAACAGUUUAGUUAAUCCAAUGGGCUGUCUGCCACAGCCUCCACCACCUUUGCACAUUGCAAAUUCUAUGCAUUUAAAUGCUCCGGUACCCUCUGUUUAUCCUACUUCCAAGCUAUGGGAUCGCCGUCAUGGAAAUAAUUAUUAUCCGCAGCAACAGCAGCCGCUUUUGAAUAGCACUAAUUUAACUGGAACUGUUUUGACGCCACUGAUAAUGCCACCUCCACAACCAACUCAGACUUUAACUAUACCGAAUCAAAGUUCUAUCGGACCUGUAACGGCUGAAGCCUCUGCAGGUCUAUACGAGUUAGUAAACAACAUACAAAUGUGUCCAAUUUUGUACGAGCCUCCUAAACCAGAUACACCGCCAUCAGAGAACAUGCCAUUUUGGAUUGACCCAAUAUGGACGAACAAUAAUAGCAAUGAAAAAUCAAAGGAUGAUUUGCUUAACAUACGUCUGCCAGAACUCAAAGCUCUGAAUGUUUUGCCUAUGCUGUUAUCACCAUACAGUAUCUCUAAAACUGAAAACAUGAAACAAGUUUUCAAUUUCGAUUCUCACGAUAGAAAAAUUGCCUAACUUAUUAAUAUUUACUAUUUCAAAUUUACUUUAAUUUAGUUCUUAACUACAUACGCUCUGUGCCUAUCUACGAUAUAAUAAUCUUAUAACUUAAAUAAUAUUUUUAAAUUAAAACUAUUUCAUACAUUUAAAAACACAUAAUUAAUUUGUAAGGCCACAGUGCCAUUUUUUGUAAAAAUGUUUUUGUGGCAGCUAAAUUGUUAAAAUAUAAUAAAGGAUCCGAACACCUUAUGAAUUUGUUAUUUGUAAAACAAAAAAAAACCGACACCUUUAAAAGUUUCUUGUAAAUGCCACUAGAAAAACAUUGAUAAUUUAAAAAUAAAUAAAAAAUAUUUGUACUGUAUCAAUUGUAGCAUAUAUUUAUCAAAUAUCCUUGUUGAAACAACACACUAUAAAUUUUAACAUAUUGUCAAUUAUUUAAUUUUGUAAACAAUUUUGCUGUAACUUAAUUAUGAAAAUUAUGCUGUUGUAUUUCAAAUUGGUAAUAUUAAGAACAUUUUGUUAAAUAUAUUAAAAAUAAUAAAAAUGCAUGCCUUCAA